GUCAGCUUAUCAGCAUGGAAUAUACAGCAGUGGAAUUUGCUUGUCUGAUGUCAGCCAAUGCAAUAUUCCCAACUUCAAUGAGCUCCCGUUUGCUACUGGUAUUUGAAUUCAGGGAUGCCACCACCUCGCUUAACCAGUCAUUCCUAUGAAUCUUCCUGCCACUCACCCUAGCUGCCCUACCCAUCAACCUCGUCAUGCACAUGGAGUCAAGACAUCAGGAAUCUGCGUGUCUAGUACUGUCUACUAUGCAUCAGCACGCCAGGAUAGCAUGUUAUUCCUUAGGGUUCCAGAAGUCUAUAUUGACUGCAAAACUCAGCAAGGUUCCUUCUGCGCUGUGCAAGCCACACGCACUCUUUCUCGAGUCAUUUAAGAACCUUUCAGAAUGGCGGAUGCCUUCAAAUGCGUUCAAAUGGCGGAAUAUCCAUUGACGAUUUCAGUGCUAUCUCCGGAUGCCUCAAAUGCGUUCAAUCUUCUCAAAUGCGUUCAAUCUUCUCAAAUGCGUUCAAUCUUCGGAAUAUCCUCAAAUGCGUUCAAUCUUCGGAUGCCUUCAAAUGGCGGAAUAUCCAUUGACGAUUUCGUUUUGUCCCUUGUUACUUCAGUGCUAAGCUUUUUGGCAAUUUUGAAAAUCCUACAGGGGCUCCCCAGGCAAGUUGUUCAUCAUGCCACACUUUCUGCUUUGAGGUCCAUCCUCACUCGUCGUCAUAGUUGCUGCAUGCUGCUUCCCACCCGCCGCAUUAGCUACUACGCCUGUUCUCGACAGGUAAUGUCUUCAUUUCAAUGUCUCUCCAUGGUUUACUGCAGAUAGUUCACAUAGUCUAAUCUCAAACUCGCCAUACUUUUUGAUGUCUUCCAUUCGGAAUUACAAAAGAUUGUGCUUUUACACUGCUGGCCACUGAACGCAUGUGGAGUUUAGCCAGGUCAGCUAUCAAUGUCCUGAUGAUUUGCACAGGAAACUACACAUGCAUAUUGGAAUUGCGAAUCCUGAAAGCAGCAAGAGGACAACAUAGCCCAGGCUACAAGUUACAAUGUGGCGUGUUAGCUCUUUUGGAUUCUCAAUUAUGUGGCCAUGUUCUCAGACAGGGCUUGCAAGCAGACAAGAAUGGCUUUAGCACUCUUCCAGGUGUUGCGUAUCAGCAUGCUAUGCACAUCAUCCACUUCCGGAUGCAGAUUUUGUGAAUUUGGCUGAAACCUAGGUUGUGCUAUGAGAUGGCAGCCCUUGGCUGGCCCAGUAGACAAUUCUGUUACUUUUAGGUAGAGGAGAAGCACAAAAUUGAGCGCAGGGGAAUGGUUUUGGCACUCUUCCACACACACAUCUUUCAUCUCGAGAUGCAGAUUUUGUGAAUUUGGCUUAAACCUAGGGCGUGUUAAGAAUUGGCAGCUCUUGGAUGGCCCAGUAGGCAAUUCUGUCACAUUUAGGCAGAGGAGCACAAAGACAAGCGCAGGAGCGCAUCACAGGAAUUUAACUAUAGACGAGUGGUUACAAGA